CUCUUUUUAUAGAAACAGUAAAUUUUGUUUCUUUUUAGUGUUUUAUUGAUGAAGAUAUCUUUUCUUGCUAUUUUUAUAUUUGUAACACGUGUUUUUUCAAGAGAUAUAUAUAAUACAGAAUUUACUGAUACUUUUGAUUCUGUUACAGAAAAGGCAUUUGAAUAUGAUUAUCCCGAGGAGGAAGUACAGGUCUCAGAACGUGCACUACCGGAAUCAUUCUCUGAUCUAGAUGAAACGGCUCGCAAGGUGAUCAGUAACUUUGAGUCUCGAGUAAGAGAUGGACAACGAGGUGAUGAUAUUGUGUUACGAUCGUUUUUAUAUGGACUUAAGUCUGGGUUUACUGAGGAUGACUGUAUGGAAUUAUCAAAGAAGUGCUGUUCUAUUCUUGAAACUAGAAAGAACGAUAAUUCUUCUUUCAAGGCCUUAUAUUCUUUGUGUCCACCCACCAAAUCUGUAUGUGAAAGAUUAUCACAGUUUUUAUUGGCGCUAUGUCAAGAAACGAAAGCUAAACAAGAAUCAAACACUAAUUAUGAUAAAAAAUUUUGCAAAGAACAUUGGGAUUUAUGUUGUGAUCUAAAAGACUUUUGCAAAGACAUUUUAGCAGAAUCGUGCAAAAAAGUGCAGGAUAAGUGUUUGGGUGCAGGUCUUCCUGGUCCUCAUCCUUCUCCUCCUCCUGAACAUUCUCCUGCGGAACUACCAGUUCAAGCCGAUUUUACUAAGACACAUACUAUACUUUCUGUAUCCACGGUACUAGUAACAGAACUGGCGCCGGAAACGCAUACUUAUACAAAAACAUAUAUUAAGACAAAAACAUGUUGUUUGGGCAGACCUACAAAAACAGAAGAAGAAACACUUGAACCAGAACCUACUGUAGAAGAGGAAGAACCUACUGAAGAAGAGGAAGAACCUACUGAAGAAGAGGAAAAGCCUGCUGAAGAAGAGGAAAAGCCUACUGAAGAAGAGGAAAAGCCUACUGAAGAAGAGGAAAAGCCUACUGAUGAAAAGGAAAAGCCUACUGUAGAAGGGGGAGAACCUACUGAAGAAGAGGAAGAGCCUACUGAAGAAGGGACAGAACAUACUGAUGAUGAUGGACCUGAUUCAGAUAAUACGCAUGGGGAAGAGGAAACUGAAGAUCAAUGUUCAAUUACAGAAACAGUGACAGUGACAGUGACCCCCGAAAAAACCCUUGAAGCAGCUGAAAAAGGUCAUGGUGUUCGUGUAGAAGGAUUUCAGAAGGAAAUGUUAAUUUGUGCAAUUAUAGGAAUGACAUUAGGAGUAUGGAUAAUUCUUUAAAAUUUGAAAAUAUUUUGUAAUAAUAAGU